AGUUGUCAGUCGAGCGAUCUGACGGAAAGACGGAAAACUGUUGGUGAUGUGAUUGGCGAUUGGCAUUAGGCAAUAGUGAAAGGAGUAUCAAGUUUGUGUUUAUAAAUCGUUUUCGGCACCUUUUUUAAGCUCGCAAUUCACAAUGAACGAUAGAAGGAGAGAUUCCAUGGCUGAUGAAGAAGUGCCUUAUUCUCGGUUGUUCAUCGUUGGGCCUAAGCAUUUGAAAGAAGAAGAACUUAGGCAUGAAUUUAAAGAAUUUGGACACAUUUUAGACAUUAAAGUCGUUAGGGAUCGUCAAACAGGCGAAAAUAAAGGUGUGUAUUAUGUUCGAUACUCCAAAACGUCCGAAGCAGCUAGGGCUCUGGAGGAAAUGAAAGGCAAAUACCUCGGCGGAAGGACCAUCAAAGUUCUGAUCGCAUCAAGCCGAGACCAGGGUUCCGGUCGAGAUGAUCACGAUGAGGAUCAUGUCAAAAGGUUAUUCAUAAUGGUGUCCAAAACGACCGAUGAAAACGAACUCUACGAUUAUUUCAAACAGUUUGGCAACCUCGCUUACAUCAGCAUAUUGAAGAACAAAGAAACGAAAGAAAGCAAAGGAUUCGCCUAUGUUAAAUAUUACAAGUUUUACGAUGCAGCUAUAGCGUUUGAAAACUGCGAUAGGAAAUACAAGCCCAAAUUCGCCGAACCCAAAAGGCCCGCUCUAGACGAUUACAAUAACUAUUAUAGAAAUUCGUUCUCGAUGCCUCCGGAGCCGCCAUACAGAAUGCCACCGGCGCAACAACACUCUAACGAUAUCGGUACGAAACUCACGCCCAACUUCAAAGAGGACGGAUCUUACAAACUAUCAGUCGUCGCGAGUCCCGGCAUCAACCAAGACCAAAUGUGGAAGUUGUUCGAUCUCAUACCAAGUUUGGAUUACUGUCAAAUUAGAUACGACAUGGACAACAGACAUCGAGGACCCAAUAGCACGUUCGAAGUGGUUUACACGAACUCGGAAUGGGCGAUGUACGCCGUCGAGAAGUUCCACGGAUUCGAGUACCCGCCCGGGCAACGGUUGAUCGUUAAAAUGGAGAACCAACAGCGAAGCGCCACCGGCAAUAACGUGCCCGUUAAGAGAUCGGCCGCUUCCAUCGGGGAACAGGGCACCGUCGGUAAUUCCAGUAAAUCCGAUUUGUUGCAAUUGGCCGAAACUAUAGCGCAAGCCACUUCGUUGCUGAAAGCGGCCGGUUUGACGCCCGAUCUACUUCAAACGAAAGGAGACCUGAAAAACAACGAAAAUUAUUGUAGUGUUCCUUUGCCUGAUCCUAAGCCGAUACUUAAUACAGAGACGCCGACUGAAGCGAGAUGUUUCGUUAUUUGCUUCCCUCAAGUACUUCCCCCUUCAGUAUUGAAGGACGUUUUCUGCAGAUUCGGCGGUUUAAUUGAUAUUUAUAUGCUGCAUAACAGGAAUUGCGGUUACGCAAAAUACGCAUCGAAAGAAUCCGCAGAAGCUGCCAUUAAGAAAUUACACGGUGCCGAAAUUCUUGGAGUCCGUUUGAAAGUUUUCGAAGCAGAAGAGAGGCCUGAUAAAAGGCAAAAAUUAGACAAAAUGGAGAUAUAGUCGAUGAAACCGACAAAACUGAGUUAACUAGACUAGACUAGUUACAAAUAGACCUUAGAAGUUGCAUGUCAACAGCAUACACUUUACUUUUUCAAAGACUUUCGACGGAUAUAUCACAUAACUGGACAUUGAGAGAAACUGUUACUUUACAUUUUUAUGUAGGCUAAGACUCGCUUCGAAUUAAUUUACAGUUUACUGUAUUGCUUGAUUUAAAGAGAAAUAAAAUAUUUGUAUCUUU